ACAAUUUAAAAGCAAACCCAACAGCCUCCGGUCCCCACUCUCCCCUCUCUUUCUGUAACGCUCCCUUCAGAAGAAUAAGAGAAGUAAAAACCCCACUUCAGGCUCUUCUUCUCCUUGUUUUUUCGCUUUCUUAAAGCAAAAUUUAAACCUUUCUCCUGUUUUUCUCCUUCUGGGUUAUAUAGAUUUUGUUGUUUCAUAAAGAAUUAAUCAAAUUAAAGAGGAAGAAAGAAGCGAAGUUAUGCCUACUGUUAACGGGCACCAAAGCAACACUCCGGCUGCCGCUCCCGCCACUGCCACCGCUACUGAGCAAUCUGUUAACCCAGUCAAGACCGUUGACAAUCCAUCUGUGCUAAAAAGGUUGCAGACGGAACUGAUGGCCUUAAUGAUGAGUGGAGAUUCAGGGAUAUCUGCAUUCCCUGAGGAGGACAACAUAUUCUCCUGGAAAGGUACAAUCCAUGGAAGCAAAGACACGGUUUUUGAAGGAACAGAGUACAAGCUAUCCCUUUCUUUCCCUUUUGACUAUCCAUUCAAGCCUCCAAAGGUGAAGUUCGAAACCAUUUGCUUUCAUCCCAAUGUUGAUCUCUUUGGCAAUAUUUGCCUGGACAUUCUUCAGGAUAAAUGGUCUUCAGCUUAUGAUGUGAGAACAAUUCUGAUAUCAAUCCAGAGCUUGCUUGGAGAACCAAACAUCAGUUCCCCUCUAAACAGUCAAGCAGCACAGCUAUGGAGCAAUCAAGCAGAAUAUAGGAAGAUGGUUGAGAAAUUUUACAAGCCUCCAAGUGCAUGAUUUGUGAAGAGAUGGUCAAUAGUGGGAAGUGAAGUCUGAUUGAUAUAAAAGAAACUCCCUUCUGUUUUCUUGAAGUAGGGAGAGAAUCAAGAUUCAAAAAUGUGUGUUUGUUGAGUGUGGAUUUGUUGUUAUUCUUUGAGAAGUGUUGCUUGUGUCUCUCUUUACACAUUAAAGGGACCUUUAUCAAUGAAUACAUUUUUUGUUUUUUAGUGGAAA